UGUUACCGGUGCUAUGACUAGUGUUAACCUACGUUCUGCUAUAACUAACCUAACAGAUACGCCACUCUCGCUUUACUUAGCUCAUUUUCAUCCUGGAUUAAUCACGCGGUUAGUGAAUACGACGACGUAGUCUUCUAAGAAGGGACAAGACUUGAGCAACAGUAAAUAAGUGGAAGUUGUAAGCGUGGUGACGGCCACAAAGUGACUCACGUCUCGACCUGAGUCAUGAGAGCUGGCGUGGCAUGGAAUACACUUCCCUCUCUUCACUACACGCAACAACACCUUUUCUCUCUCUCUCUCUCUCCCUUCUCCUGUCUCGGUCUAUCCUAGCAGUGUCCCAAGACUGAGUGUAUUAUAUAAAUAACAGUGAUGGACAAUUCAGUGCAAUUCGUGUAGCGGGAGCUACAUGAUAAGAUUGAUAAGGAAUUAGAUAAGCUGGAGAUAACAUAUGACAGUGGUGUCCAGAAAGGAAGAAAAGCACCGAGAAGGAAUAUCUGUACCAAGAAUUACUUAAAAGAAAAAAUUGUGUUAACUUACAUUUUAGAAAAUCGUAUCAGUGUGAGCGUCACAUCUCUCUGCCCAGGUGAGCAUGUCAUGUAGCCCGGCCACUCACUCUUCCCUCCAUUAAUUCUUCAACACCACAUUCUUCCAUAACGUGACAGGAUACACCAAUUAAACUUCGGAGCUGGAUGAGGAGCGCCCGGCUGCGGGAGAUGGGCGCGUGGGCGUGGGUGUGGGUGGUAGCAGCGUGCCUGGCUGGCCACGCCUACGCCCAGUUGGGUGAGGGCGUGGGUGGAAACGCCACUACCAUCAGUACUGGGCACGCCACGACCUCCCAGGACCUCCCACUGCAAGACGACCAUGGUGAAGAACAGGAAGAGGAGGAGGUGGAGGUGAGGGGGACGGUGGAGGUGGAGCCUCCACAGAAGUGGACUCCAGUAGAAGAAACUUACCUCGGCUGUCUACAAGAGGAAGACAACUUCAACGGCACUCUCAAUUUUCUCAACCUUACUCAGCGGCAGGAAGAGCUGGAUGAGCCUAUGACAAGCUUAGCAGAUGGAUGUUUCCAGUUUUGCCUCAACAAAAUUCCUUUCUCCCAGUACAUCAGCGUACGUCCCGCAGUUAACGGCAAUGUGGACGCAUGCGGCUGCCAUAACCAGGAUGACCUCGAUCCAGACAACAAGGUAUAUGACAGUGAUUGCGAGAGUGGGAGGAUGAAUUUUUUUAGUAUCUACUGCGGACCUGCCAACGAGAAGUGUUUGAACGGUGCUCUGGCCAGCCUACCAUCUUCACUGCUCAUUCUUCUGCUCCUGCUUCCUUUACUGCUGACAUCAUGACGGUCAUUAGGUCUGUACUGCUACUGCUGAGAUCCUAAUGAGCUUGUGGUUCUCCUGCUGCCCUUAUUGCGGGUAUCAUGGCGCUGAUGGGUCGUCAUCUGGAGAAGACUUGUGCUGGGGUUACCUCGCUGAAUCACAAAAUUAUGAUACUCUUAGGGCUCUGCUGCUGUUGCUGAGAUCAUAGUGAGGUUGUGGCUUUCCCGAUGGCUCCUAGUCAGGCCCCUGACACACUGGACUCUGCUGAUAUCUCAGGAUUCGUGGUGUUAUGCUGUUGACAGCCCAGCUCAUCCUCCGGCUCCUUAGCUCAUGUCAUGGCUUUCCUGGAAUUUCCUAUGAUGAUGAGAACCCCAGCUUCUCUGUUGAAAGCUGAACUUUUUCUGUUGAAAACUUAGGCCUUCUGUUGAGAGCUUAGCUUUUCCUGUUCAUAUCCCAUCCUCUCAGUUGAAAGAAGAGCACUUCCUGUUAAAGGCCUAGGCCUUCUAUUGAGAGCUUAACUCUUCUUGUUCAAAGCGUAGGCCUUCUCUGAAAAGCUCAUUUCCUACCUCCUAAAAAUCUAUUUAUUCUGAUAACGUCCUAGUUUUUCCUCUGACAUCCUGGCUCCUUACUAACAGUCCUCUCCUUCCUCGUCUGUCAAUUUCAGUGUUUUGAGUUUCACCUUCAGAUGGUGGUGUCUGCUGCCACAUGUAAGGCAUGGUAUAUACAGCGGGUAUACUUCUCAGCAGGUAUACACUUGAGAGUUUAAAGUAUAUUUGCGCUUUAAGAAUAUUUCCGGGUUGUGAACAGGAUACCGACCAUAGAAAUAAGGUUUUAUAAUAAUCCUGACAAUCACUAGGAUUUAAAACCUUCGUGAAGACCAAAUUCGGUCUCAUUACGAUAUACAACGUUACGGUUCGUCUUGCAACAUUAUCAGGUCAAGACGAUAUAAAGAUUUAUAUCGUGGGUUGUGAAUUGCUUCUGCCACGGCAUUGUGACUUAUAUUCAAUAUUCAUUAUAAAAAUAUAAUGCGAAAUGUUACCUAUGCUAUUGUAUAUAUGUUACGGAUAUUUAGAUUUGUUAGAUGUAUGAAAACAAUAUAUUUUAAAUAUUUACAUAA